CCUUCAUCAAACAACGCUUCCCCCACGCGACACCCACGAUCGGCCUCUCUGCAAUAUCGAAGAUGAAGAAAUGGCCUCUUGUAUAGGACAAAUUGCUCCCAUACCUUCAGGCAGCCUAGAAUGACGACCAAGUCCAACUUCAAGCGAGCCCUGCCUCCGGCCCAGCAGUCGAGGCAACAUGUCCUGGAUUCGCUGCGGACCACGCAGCUCCUGGAUUCGAAGGCGGUAUUGCCCGCAGAGCUCAUCAACACGAUCCUCGACUACCUGCCCGUCCCAGAUAUGUUCAGAUUCGCUCGGACUUCGAAACGAAUGCAGGAGAUGGUCUACGAUGACACGCGAUGGAUCCAGCGACUGAAAACCAUGGGGUGCUGGAACGACAUCGAAGCUCGUCAAAGAUUCGAGGAGGCAAUGAGGAAAAAGAUGGAGGCUCAGCGGGCCAAAGAUGAAGAAGCACGGAACGCAGAUGCGGGGCCGAAUAGUAGUGUUAAUGGUAUUGCUGGAGGCAGCGAAGGCGAACGUAAAACCAGCGUGACCCUUUUUGACGCUGGACUAGAGGAAGAAAUGCAGCGGAAAUCUGUGGAUCGAAAGGUCAGGCCCAGGGCUACCACACUAGACAAGGGUUUCGACGACAUGACUUUAUCAUCUCCCUCGAAUGUUUCGGCCCGUCCGCAAGUACCCCCGCUUGAUCCAAAUAUUGCGCUAAAAAUUCUAUCGCGAGCUCGAUCCAUCAGGGGGAUGGCUAGGCAAGAGUAUGGGAAAAUAUACGGCGCACUGGCGCCGUUCUACUUCGAUCUCGCCCGGUCGAGGAGCCAUACAGAUCCCGUCCUUUUUCGGACAUAUCGAGACCCUGAGCAACAAGCGCAGAUGCUAGCACAGCUGCAGACGUUCGCGAAGAGCGACUCUGCCCAGGGAUGGCAUCAGCGGGAAGAGAAGUUGGAGACUAUGAUAGGUAUUUUCGAGAACGCCGUCCUCCGAGAGUUUGAGCAAGGAUUUGAGACAAAAGACCUCGAUGGUCGGAUGAAGAAAUAUGCCCACGUUUUAGUCACCUUGAAUGGAGGAGCUGCAGGGGUGGAUUCCUACAUCCACAAUCACCCACUGAUGUUGGAUAAGGAGAAGCUGGGGAAUCCUGCGGAUUGUUUGCGACACGCUGGUCCUGGUCACAUUUCAUCAAGGCCAUCGCACGACUUUUUCAAAGGCCUCGCCAUAUCCUUGAACGACGAAGCCGCCAUCAUUGAUCGCGUUUUCCCCUCCUCAAUCGAUGUGCUACUCCCCUUCGUAGACCGCGUUGGAGAAGAUAUCAUAUCGGAAUACAUAACCUCACUCUUCGAUGAAGCUCACGAUGCCAGCAUCGAGAUAUAUCUCAAAGCCGUGGCAGGUAUCUAUGAGCAAGCUCUUCAAUUCGCUAUUUCUCUCAAGCCGACGAAAGGCUCAAAGCCGAAUUUCAAAGAAGAUGUAAUGCACAUUGUGUCCCGGUGUUUCGAACCUCAUAUCGACCUAUACCUUCAAGAAGAGCUAGAUUUCUUCAAACGAAAAUCGGCUGCUGAGGUGGAAGUCUGGGAGAAGCGGUUGACAGACGAAGAACAGUCGACGGAAACGUUCUUUAUGUCGAAUGUCAGCCGCCAAGCAGCAAAGAAAGAUUUUCUCACGUCUUUUAAAAAGGUGGUGAUGAUGCCUGUCAAUGUUCUUCCCACAAUUGGAGGUUCAAGUAAACCAGCACCUGCUGCACUCGGUAUGAAUGGCGAUGCGUUAAACACACCCUCGAGAUCGAGCACGCCUAUCCCCGGUGAACGCUCUACUUCUCCACGUCCCCUAGAAGCUCCAACCACAGAGCUUGCUGCCAAAGCAGCUAUCAUGAAUUCCCGUUUAGAAGGCAUUCGUUCGUUAUUCAGUAUUGAGGUGGCAUUGAACCUUAUACAUACAGCUAAAUCGAGCCUAGAGCGAGCAGCGCGGUUUGUGCGGCUUGGUGGCCAGUCUGGCGAAGAAGCAAAGGAGCAAUGCGAAAACAUCUUCCUCGCGCUUCUCCAAAUCCUUGGGGGUCGUCAUAUUAAGCCCGGCUUUGACAAGGCGGUCAAUCACUUGUCAGAAUACAAACCGCGAGAGGUUGCCGAUCACAGCAAGCAAGGGGUUGCGCCGCUUGUUGCUUUCCUCGAACUGGUGAACGUGGGCGAUUUGAUUCAGCAGAUGGUAGAUGUGUUCUACCUUCAAGAAUUAGUGGCCGCCAAUUUGACCGAUCGGGAUGAUUUUCUGAGUCCAGCAUGCAAGGAAAAGAAAAAAUUUGAGCAGAUGCUCGAUGAGCGGGUCGCUGCUGGUCUGAACAAGGGCAUUGAUGUGCUUAUGGAUGAGGUUGAAUUCCUGUGUGGAACAACGCAACUGCCGACGGACUUCAAUCCUACACCGGGCGCAGACGGGACAGUGGAGAUGCUUGACAUUGGCCCUAGCCAUACCGCGAGUAAAGUAGUUGAUAUUGUGUCGUCGCACACCAGCAUGCUCGUAGGGAGCACAGACAAGAACGUGCUAGACGUCUUCAACCAGGAGGUCGGAUUGCGUCUAUUUACUGCAUUAUGCAAACAUCUCAAGCGGCAAAGAAUCAGUGUUGACGGCGCAAUCAAGCUCAUCAGCGACAUGAACGCCUACAACACAUACAUUGCAUCGCUGCGCAACAAAUCGCUGACGCAGUAUUUCACCGCACUGCGGGAACUAUCACAAAUCUACUUGAUUGCGCCGGACCACGCAAAAGACAUUGCAACAAUCAUUGCUGACUCAGACCGGUAUCAUGGGAUCUUUAGGGCUGAAGAAGUGUAUGAGUUCGCGGAGCGUAGGGCUGAUUGGUACCAGCUCAAGCGAGAGGUGGAGAGGCAAAUGUACGGCGUCGGAUGCGCCGUGAUGUGAAUAGCCGCGUCAGAUUCAGAUUCAAAUUCAAGGUGCC